CAGAAACUGACGUGUUCACAUAUACCCAACGGCAGGCGAGGGAAAACAUUUGCUGGCGAUACAAGGAAUCUCACAUUUUGAGGGGUGUCUCAGGACGAAAUUUUCAGUCAAUAUAUCUAAAGCCAAGGGAGGGAAUAACGUGACCCGCACCAUUGGCGUUAACAGGUUACAUUCCAGGCUAGCUGGCUAACUUGUCUCUUUUUGUUGCCGUUGCCUUUCAUAGCUCCUAGCUUGCUAACUAAUAUAUUUAUUUCCAAAAAAUAGCAGGACUCUUUUGGUGGAGUAGCUAUCGAUCUAUCAUUUAUCAUCUUAUUUACCUCUAGUGCGAGACACCGCCUGUCGAGCGUUAGCUCUUCUACCAAUUUGCUAGUUGAGCGCUUGAUGAUUUAUCCUAGCUAUCCCAGCUUUCUUGGACAACACUGGAUCCAAACCCCACCGGUCACCGUGGUCUUCGCCUCGAUCUGGGUCGACAUGCUGUGACCAGCAACGUUAGCUUACAGAACAAAACGAGAUUGCUUGGUGACAGGUGUCACUAUAUCGCAUCAUCAUUUGAUUGACUCGGCUUGCUAAAGGCGACUGUUCCCCUCUUGCUUCCCUCCCUCUCUCUCCUGUCUCCUUUUCUCUGUCGUUACUCUUCCUUCCUGAAAGCUAUGGCAGCCAACAAGCCAAAGGGACAGAACUCCCUAGCCUUGCACAAGGUGAUAAUGGUGGGGAGUGGUGGAGUGGGAAAAUCUGCUCUCACACUGCAAUUUAUGUAUGAUGAGUUUGUAGAGGACUAUGAACCCACUAAAGCAGACAGCUAUAGGAAGAAGGUGGUUCUGGAUGGCGAGGAGGUUCAGAUUGACAUUCUGGACACAGCCGGACAGGAGGACUACGCAGCCAUCAGAGAUAACUACUUCCGCAGUGGAGAGGGAUUCCUCUGUGUCUUCUCCAUCACAGAGUUGGAGUCUUUUGCCGCCACAGCAGACUUUAGGGAGCAGAUCCUCCGGGUGAAGGAGGAUGAGAACGUGCCCUUCCUCCUAGUGGGAAACAAGUCUGAUCUGGAGGACCGUAGGCAGGUGUCAACUGAUGAGGCGAAGGUGCGCGCCGAUCAGUGGGGUGUCAGCUACGUGGAGACCUCUGCCAAGACUCGUGCCAAUGUGGACAAGGUGUUUUUUGACUUGAUGCGUGAAAUAAGAGCAAGAAAGAUGGAGGACAGCAAAGAGAAAAAUGGCAAAAAGAAGAGGAAGAGCUUGGCAAAGAGAAUUCGAGAGCGAUGCUGCAUUCUAUAAUGACUGGGUGACCUGUGCUUGUAAUGCCAACUUCCCACCACCAGACUCCGCUCUCCUCUGCUUCCCAAUGGCCCGUCUGAUUUUCUCACCACCCUGCCAAGGAUACCUGUUGUAACACCUUUAGGUUGCGAGCGUUGGGAGAACAAGCUUCAAGAUUUUCAUGGCAAUUGACUUUGGCCACAGGAUACGAGUGGGUUGUGUGGAUCAAAACAAACGGAAUCUUAAGAAAAAAUGUGAGGCAUCAUGGAGAGGAAUCAGUGAGAGGCAAAUUGGUCGUUGAAUAUUUUUUAUCUUACUUUGUGGUUGGGCACAAACAUGAAAAGCUUGUUUUACUUGAAGACUACACUAUACAUUGUGUUUUUUUUAUCUUUUCCCAGACAGCUGGUAAGAUAAUGCAGCUUGAAAUACAAAACAUUUUAUAUACUCACUAACUCAGCAAAUCCUUUCCAUGCUCAUGUCACUGUGAGUUGAGGAUUUUGGUAAAAUAACCAUCUUGCUGUGUUUCACCUGGGUUGGGUCUGUAAAUUGUUACCCUGGUUCCAGAAUCUUGUUUUGUUAUUCAAUUGCUACAUUAACAGUACACUGGUGAUCUACUGCCUCAAUACACACUCCAAAUAUAAUAAUUAAGAUUCCCCCCACAUUUAGGUGUCUUCACGUAGACGUUAUAUGCAAUGCCCUGUGUAUGUCUUUUCCUGUUUGGAAAGAAGGAAGUUUAUUGAAGGCUGCUGUUUGCAUUUAGGUCAUAUUUUCAUUGUACUUUGAACAUGUUGCCUUAAUUUUCAGAGUACAUCAGAUCAUGACCCUGUACUGACUGAGCCUCACCCAUGUUCCCUCUCCAUCAAUGGGCAUCUACCAAAAGCACACUCCCGUAUUUAAAAAGUUGUUGAUCUUGAAGUCUGUAGGCAUUUCACAACUUUAGAAUGUCAAUGUGAUAUUUUAUUGUUUUACUUUACACUUUAUCCUGAUCAUUUCAUUUGCUUCACCGAUACAAAGGGGAUUCUGAGAAACAACAUAAUAGCUCAAUGUUCACAGGAAACAGGUUAAGAAACCAACCUAAAGACAGGUAGUAAUGAAGCACUAAAAAUGUAUCAACAGCCAGUUGUUUCAAUGGAGAAAUGCAAUGACCAAUUCUGGUGUACGAUUAAAGGGCUACUCCUUUUCAAUAUGUACACCUGGAUUAGUCUUUGUGAAUGGGCCCCUUCAUUCGUUAACAUUUUUAUUAAUGUAUUUAUGAGAUUAAACUGGGCAAUCAUUUGUAUAAAAUGACAACUCUAAGCCUCCUGUCAUUGUUGAAGAAUAAACGAUGUCAAUGUUCCAAUGUAACCCACUGAUUGAUUAUAGAAUCCCGUAUAUCUCCACAUGACUGCAUACUAAUUUACAGGAGCAUAUGCAAGCAAAGUAAACUGCUAACUGCAUUCACUUCUUUCAUAAAAGGAUCACUGAAGGCGAUAUGAACCACAAAUAGUAGGGGUGUGUUGGUCAAAUAUUUUCUCAUACCUGUUCUUUUCCAUUGUUUACCUUUUUUAUUUUUUAAACCAUUCCACCUCUUUCUGUAAUGUGUUAAUGCUUUAGCCUUGGUAUUUUUGGCUUAGCCAAACAGUCAUGGUAACCAGAUGUAUUUAAUAAACAUGCUGUUGUGAUUGGUUCAUCAGAGCCAAAGUCAGGUGCCAUGAAGCUGCAAUGGACUACAUAGCUGAUGCUCCUGGUACCCACAUUCUAAUUGCUGUGCUUUGAGCAGACUGACUUAAAACAGAAAAAAAACAAAUAUUAAAAAGGACUUCAGUUGUAAUAAAAAAAAAACCUAAGUCUUUGAAUGUGUUUUUGAAAUAUUGUACAUUGUUGUCUAUGAAGACACAAAAAAUAACCUGUGUUUAUAAUGUAAAGACAGGAUUAUUUUUGGUGCUCCUUUUAUCUUUGGCUGUGUACUAGUGAUGAGCAUUGUUCUGUCAGUAAAUGUCUUUCGGGUGAUUAAUUAUCCAGAGCAAAGAGCCAAAAUCAGGUUCCAGGUCCAAACAUUAGCCCAUUCAUACUUUUUUUUGUUAAUCAUGUUUUCAAAUAAAUAUGAAAGUGUGAGAA